AUGAGUUCAAAAAAGCACCUCGGGCCGGAGGAGACCGUGCCCAGCGAGGGUGGGGCUAAGGUUGGCAAUGCGCAAGCUCCGGGGCUAUCCGACAAUGACAAGGACCCUCCUAAACCCUCAGAUGAAGGAAAUGGUAAGUCAGCAGAGAAAGGCAGCGCAGAAUCUUCAAAGCCAGAAGGGGGUCCUGACCCCUCAGCAGCGCAGCGGGGCCCGUCCGACGCGGCAAGCGUAACCUCAAAUGCAUCAAAGGCUGAGGUUCCUAGUAGGGCGACUAGGGCCACAAGGUCAGCAGCACAAUCCAAGAACGGUGGUGAACACCCAAAUGGGAAGAAAAGAGACCAGGAACAAGAGUCUUCAGAAAGCUUGGAUGGAGACGACGAGCAAUGCGCUUUCAUUGAUGCGCUUGCUUCCACACUAGCGCGGGUAGAUGAAGGCGCUUACACUAAGGCAGUCUUCGAAGACGCAAACUCCAUCCUUGGGCGCAUUGUCUUCCCCAUGAGCUUCCCAUGGGGUCACAACAUUGACCCUGUCGUCAGAAACAUUCCGAGAGAUAUUGAUGAGAUGCCUGGCGUUAUUUCUAUGGACGACCCUGACCGUCAAGUCUGCUCCCUGAAGCAGGGAAACUUUGACCUUCCAAAGGAUGAAAUGGACUACGAAGAAUCCGACGACGACGACGAUGAAGACUGCAUCCGAGCUGUUGCAAGACGCGCCGACGAUCCUGGAGUGAUUGAACUGAAGACAUGUGCACCUUGCUUGGAGAGUCACGAGAGAUCAGCACUGUCGGCUGCAAUUAGAACUGGUUGCAAGCCAUCAAUUCUUCUCAGAGAUCCGCUGAUUGAACCUGCUCCUGGCUCUGGCUCUGGAUCUUCCAAAGUCCAGGCUUCCAAUGUCUCCAAGGUUAUGUUGCCUGAUAAAGUUGACGCCUUUGAUUCUUUUCAGCAAAUCCAGGCAGAGAAGCGAAGAAAGUUGGAAAAUGGGAUGGCUCGGCUUAAAACCGUCUUUCUGUCGGUCAAGGUUGAGUCUGCAAGCACCAGGCCUGUCAUAUUUCAGAGGGAUCAACCAAGAGUCCCCCUUUUGCUACCUGCAGCAUAUCCGCAAGACUUUCGUCCGAUAACAAAGGGGAAAAAUGCAGCACGUAGCCCUCCUCCGGGGAGGAGUCAGUUGGUUUGGAUGGAGAAGACACCGUCUCGCACAUCCCAUAGAGUCGUCUACAAAUCCUUCAUAACAAGCGAGAGGGUAGAAUCUGGAACGCAGAAGCGUCCAAGAGACGUGUUUGUCGGUAUCCGCGUCAAUGGGAAAUUGCUAUCAUCCGCCAGUAUAACAGCUGAUGACAUCGUUCAAGACGCCACUGCCGCCGCUAUUACCUCCAAACGCAAAAGAAAUGACGGGAAGCCUACCACUUUAUACAGUUCAAAGGUUGUAAACGAUGCCCUGGACGACGCCUGCUCCAGGAAGACAGUGCCUCCCAGUCGCCAAUGCAAUAUUGAGCCAGAGCAGUUCAUGAACAGAGUACUUUUAGGUGAACUGAACAAGGAGAAAUCAGUUGGAUGGAACACCAAAGUGACUAUCAAGAGUCUGAACUUCAUCCAUAUUGAACCCAGAAUUGAUUGUUUGCCUUCCGAGGACGGUCUGUUUCGUGUAAUGUGCACUGCACCCGGGGAGCUGCCUUCGGCCAAAGUUGGGGAUGUCCUGAAUCAGGCGUCCAAGGAUGCAGAAUAUCCCGUAUGUACAGUCUGCUGGCGUGAAACAAGCAUUCUCGGAAGGGACACAUGUGCCUCCUGCUCUAUUGGUGGCACGCCCUUACCAAAUUCACCUGCUAGCCAACAGGAAUCUUCCGGAACGACACAGAGCGAAAGGAGUUUUCGCAGGUCAUCAAGAUCCAAGGAAAGUGGCCCGGCAAAAGAUGCUCAGAAACCCGUUUCAUGUGCUCUUUGCGCACACACAGGGGGUGCAAUGUCAAUGCUAAAACGGGAGAGACGCAAUAUCUGGGUUCACGAUGUUUGUAGAAUGUGGUCUGACUUAGCGACGGAGCAGCCAAAGCAAGAAAAUGGCUCGAAGUCGCCCAAGAAGAAGACAGAAACUGCUGACGCGGACGGAGACGAUGUGGUGAUCUGUGCUCUAUGCGGCCAGGCUGACGACUCAGGCGAACACAACGGCAUUGUAAGAUGUGCAGCAAGUGGUUGCUCGAUACACUUCCACCCAAUGUGUGCUUUAUUUCUAUCCAAAUGUGCAGAGAUUGGAGCCAAGGAAAACUCAAAGCUUCCAAAUGGAGCUGAUCCAGGAACUAAGCCUGCCCCAGAUAGCGACAGCGAAGACAAACCCAAGGGAGUUGAGGAUCCUGUGCUUGAGAAAUUGCUUGAAGAUGAUAGAUUUUUGUGUCGGCAAUAUUCACUGAGGUUUGCCAAGUGCAUGAUUCCUGGGAGACGAGUUGUAAGGCCGUCGUCGAUUCAGUCGUCACCUUCGACGGCGGCUGUCCUCCCUGUUUGCUUCUGUGGCAUUCAUAACCCAAAGAGGGACAGAAGCCUUUAUGGUCUUUAUCCUGGUGGGCAGCUCAUGGAUGCACAAGUUAUGAGGAUUCCUCCAAGAAAGACAUUUGAGUGA